UGGAGAGGAUGGCUGCUCAGACACCCGGCGGAGGAAGAGCCGCGCUCAGGCCGCUCCAAGGCGUAAGGGGUCAAAGGUGGCGGGAGUGGAGACCGGCGGAGCAGGCGGCAGCUCGCAGGGCCCUCUCCGCUACAGUCCCUGCGAGGUCCCCCCAGCGGGUCGGCUCGUCAUCUCCAGCGGGCGGUCAGAACUUCCUGGAAAGAAUGCCGCCUGAGAUCCUGAGAAAGAUUCUGUCAUACCUGGAUGCCGCCACUCUCUCCUGUGUCAGCCACGUCAACAAGCUCUUCUACCAUAUGGCGGACGAUGACAUCCUGUGGUACAAGUUGCACUUAUCAGAGUUUGGCGAGCACAAACAUUGGAGACCUGCCUACGUGGAGGACGUGCGGCAGAAGUUUGACAGGAUGGAGGUGCGACGUGAGACCGCAGGCUACUGGAAGAAGCUGUACUUCGCCAAGACGGUGGGAUACAACAUGAAGAAGUGGAUGCAAGAGCUUGAGAUUAUUCACCCUUUCACUGGGCUGCCCAGCAAAACAGAGUCAGUCCUCAGGAUGCUGCAAGUCACCUGGGAGCUGACAGUAACUGAUAAGUCAGGCCUGGAGGAGACGUUCAAGCCCAGCCAAGCCCGCUUCUUUCAGUCGUCUGUUAUUGUGUGCUGGAACACGAGCUGCUGGCCCAUCCACAAGCUUUCCACCCUUCAGUUUCACGGCAUGAUGAGGGUAACCGACAGAGGUUAUGGCCUCAAAAGACCUAGCUGGCGCUCCAUAAUGGGAAAGUUUGACGUGGGAACCCUUUCUGAAACAUCACACGUGAUCGCAAAAGACAAACUAAUUGAACUGCUAUUUGUGCAGCCCGGCAUGCUCAUUGGUGUCUGGAAGGAUCAGUGCUCUAUCGCCUUUGUAAUGGUCAGCUUUCACUUCCACAAGCUGGUGGAGAAGAGCCUCCUGGGAUCCUCUAUUUGCCCUUACUUUGAGUCAGUGAAAAAACCCAUUUUUGACGACGUCGACCCGUUGUACGGACUGCAUGGCUACACAUUACACUUGGUUCUCCACAACAGCAUGUCUGAGAUCAUGUCUGGACAGUUCAAGGAGCUCUUCUGCCCUGAAAAUCAGAUCCGUGAUGGCCAGGUCCCGCUGGUCGCCAUCCGCAGGACCAGACUAUCGCAGCACACCCCUCUGUCAGGAAGCUUCAGCUUGUCGUGGCGGUGUGAGGCCCUGGGGGGCACCGUGGAGAACUGCUGCAUGAUGAGCGUGACGCUGCUGGAUGAGUUUCAGAGCCCCUUCUGGUGCGUCAGCUCCCCGAUGUGCUUGGUGCCAUCCACCGAGCCCGUCCCCUACGACUACGACGGCGAACGCUUGCUCAUGCGGUACCAGGACCCGGAGGGCCAGGUGGAGAUGGAGCUGGUGUGGAUGGAAGAGCUGAAGCAGUCCAUCCUCAUCAGCCUCACCAUCUUCGUGGCAGUUUCCAAAGUCAACAAAUAUUUUGAUAGGAAUUAUGUGUCUGUAUGUGAAUCUCUGCGUUGUUGAGAUUAGCCCCUUUGCAAAAAACUGUUAACCUUUCUCUCCUGUGGUUGUUGUCUUUUUGU